GAUUACUCUUCGCUUUUCAGUUAGCCUAGUUCUUCACUUUUUAUUAUACACCUACCAACUCCGUUCACCGACUCGUUUUUUCAUCAACGCCUAGACACAGUGGCGCCAGGAGAACCAUAGAACCCCAACCGCAAAAUCAACGAAUGGAUGCAACACAACUGAGCUUUUCGCGCUGAUGUCCAGGCCAUUCCCAGUUCUACUCCGCCCAUGAGUCGGAUUACAGCUACCUGUGCUGAAUGGUUUUCUCAAUGGAAAGAGCUGGUUUUUAUAAAACACUACAUGGAACACCGCCGCCAUCAGAUCGACCGCGAUGUGUAGUAUGCGGAGACGAGUCUAGCGGUAUUCACUAUGGCGUCAACAGUUGCGAAGGAUGCAAGGGAUUUUUUCGCCGUUGCAUGGUGAAAGGGAUGAGUCAAAAAUGCACCAACAACGAAGAAUGCGAAAUUACAAGAUUCGCUCGCAAUUCCUGCCAGUUUUGCCGGUUGAAAAAGUGCAUUCGAAUGGGAAUGUCCCGAAGCGCAUCCAAAGUGGGCAGACGCCCUAAAACAACCAGCGUUAGUACGGCCGAUCUCGUAGCCGCUGAGCACGCCGAGGCGUUCAAUCUAAAACCGGCUCAUUCCAAAUCCGUCGGCCAUCGCCGCUCACAGUCACUCGUUCCACGUACGCUGUCGGCCACUUUCUCCGGAGCCGAUUCCCCGGCCGACUACUCACGCCCUUCUCCCAGCUCCAGUCGCAAGAAUUCGGCGACCAUAUGUGACGGUUUGCGCAACGGUUUAAAAAGUCUCCGCACGUCUAGUCCAUUUAAUUCUCAUCUGCAUUUGCCGUAUCCGGACAUGAGUGCUGCGCAGUCCACAUCCAAGCCGUUGACGCAGUGGUCCACCCAUCCUUCGCCCAUUCAGUCACCCAGUCCGCUGGAUUUCUCUACCAACUCGGCCAAUUAUGCUCACUACACUUUCCCGGAACGUGAGCAGUCAUUUCCUCAUCAUUUGCAGUCCAUGAUGCAGCCCAAAGCAACCAACGGGACGGCAUCCGGUCACGGUGCGAUGUCGUCAUGGUCGUCGAUGGCGAAGCCGGCGGGCCGACCACUCCUGAAUGGCGACCAUGUUGUUACUCUGUCCGCUGACCACUGGCCAGCGCAGUCGAUGUAUGAAACGCCUGCAACGAUCUUCUCUCCGGGCGGAUUUAAUGGUAACUGUUUCCCGGCGAUUUCGGAAUCUCAAUAAAGGACAGCCUGUUUUUAUUCGGGUCCAGUCUGUGCAUUUAUACGAUCUUGGGACCAAUCUGAUCUUACGUCAGCAAACUAUGGAUGCGCGGAAUGUAACAUUUUAUUUGACAGCUCCCACUUUUUUUCUGGGAGCUGCUCAUGAACGUAGUACAAGUUUUUUGAUUGGCUGACACUAUUUUGUGAUCGGUCACUAGAUUUCCUACAGAGUAGUAUUUGUUAGUACUUUAUUAAUACAAUAUUCCAUUGUUGAAAUGUUUGUACCGGUGUUGUCAUGUUGUGAAAUUUGUGAUUCACUGAAUAUACUCUCGCUUGCUCUUAAAGUCAGAUUUGUAAAAAAACAUUAAAUUAGUGUG